GUAUAUAAAUACAACAUUGCGGUUCUUUAAGAAAAAUGGGUAAAAAAAUGUCUUCACCGUCGCUCACUGAGUCUCAAUUUAUUCGUAUCUGCCGUCUGAUCAACGAUUCUCUCCAUCCUUUCACCGUAUCAGAGAAUUUGUCUUUCAGCAAACAAGAAGAGAAAAACCUUCUUCUCAUUCUCUCUCAGGUCUCAAAUGAAAUUCGCCGCUUGAUUCCGUCGGCUCACAUAUCUUCUCCAUUAAACCCAAACUCACAAAACCCCCAUUGUUUAUCCAAAUCAAUAUCUCACCUGAUUCCUUUGUUAACUCUGGAAAGCCUAUACGUUCAACAUUUAGCUGGCAAUGUGCUCGUUACCUUCUCUGAAUUUCUAGCCUCAUCUGUAAAAACCUGGGAAUUUUUUAUCCAUUCGCUCUCUAUAUGCUUAGAAUUAUCAAUCUCGAACAUAUCUUCGUGUUCUUUUGAACCUUCAAUAACUGGAGCUGGAGGUUCUGGUUCUGACUUAUUGAAUCUUGUAGGUUUAUUUAAAUCUAAGUUGAAAAAUACCAGCUUGUUUACAGUAGCUGGAAUUAUCCGCACAUUAAGAAAUAUACUGAAGUUUUUGAAGGAAGAGUGUGAUGAUGAGCUUGUUCUUGUGCUUUUAAAUUCGAUAAGCUUUUUCAUUUCGAAUGUGCCUUGGGAUUCAAUGGACGAGAUCUUUGGUGGAAAUGGUGGUGAAGAUGAUGAACGGAAUACUUUGUUCUUGGGGAAUUUUAUUCAGCUACUAUCUUCAUUUGUUGACCAAAUUAGUUUUGUGGAAGGGUUAGACGAUUCCCUAGAUAAGAAUGUGAUUCUUUCCAAAAUUAUCAACCUAGUGCCUAAACUUCUAUAUUGGUGCCUUCGCAAGGAAGGCAAAUGUGUCAACACGUGCAUCUCUCGGUACUUCAGCCACAAAUUAUUGGUAUGUGAAUGUAGAUGUUUUGCUGCUAACCAAUCCUGUUUUACUUUCACAUACAAGCAGUCUAAUUUGAUUGACUUAAGCAUUUUGCAGGUUUUGAUGAUCAGACUUAGUUUACAAAUACCCCUAGAUUUUUUGGUUCUUGUUUCCUGGUUGCAGCUUCUCCAUAGAUACUUUGAAGACCUUUUGUAUCAACCUUUAACUGAUGUCAUGAAUCAGGAUGAUUCUCUAGAGGACUCUCCUUUUAUGUUAAGUAAUUUUGAUGGAGAGGUGCAUAGCAUGCACUCUCGCCAUUUACAAAGACAGGCCAUUUUUCUUUUCUUGAGGUGUUCCUUCAGUUUGAUAAAUCUUGGAAAAGCCACUAGGAAGCAUUAUUCUAGUGCAACUGUGAAGUCAUCCAUAGAUGUUGAUGCAAUUUCAGAGCACAGUUGUUAUGGUAGAGAGAAAGGUUUAUUAGAGCUUUAUGCAUGGCUUUCGGGACAUGUUCUGGUCGAUAAGCUUGUUGCCCAUGAAAUGUACAGGGAGAAGUCCAUAAACUUCUCAUUUUCCCUCCUCAAACUGUAUACGCAUGAGGAUGACAUAUUAUUCAAAUUUCUCUUGGAAUUGCUUUCUCUACAAGCCUGCGAAGAACAACAAUUUCACAAAGAAAGGCUGGCACCUCAAGAUGAGAUGGAAGAUGUUCUUUUUCAUGUUUCAUAUAUUUUUAAUCCCAUAUGCCUGUUUCAUCUCUUCCUUGCAGAGUUGCACUAUGAUCAUCAAGUUCUUCUUGAUUAUCUUAUCUCGAAAGACACAGGAAUUAGCUGUGCAGAGUAUCUCUUAAGGUGCUUGCGCAUCGUUUGUGAUUCAUGGCAAACAUUUAUGGAGUUUUCAGUUUACGGGAAACUAAGUAAUCAAUUAUCUAGCAAGAGAAGAAAAAUUUUGUCAGAAAGCUCCAAUUUUAAGAUAGAGCCGUCAUCUGGACCUGUGAAAACGAUUCCUUUGUCCCUAGAGAAGAAAUUUAAUGGUAACCUUGAAUAUAGACACACGAAACAAAUGUAUGAGCUAGCCAAAGGUUGUUUGCUUUCUCUGAAAAAGUCCGUGGAGAACCUUCACCUGAAGAACUUGUUCCCGUACAACCCAGAAGUUCUUCUUAAACGCCUAGAAAGAUUUCAGGAAUUGUGCUUUAAACAGUAGGACGAAUACAUGUUCUGAGGAAUGAAAGCCCUAGUCAGGUCAAUGGAAAAUAACACUCAUUUUGCAUAAAUUGACUUACGGGUUGAAAGCUUGUAAGACAUUUUACAAUUUCUUUCUCACGUCUCUAAAAGCUCUCUCCAGGUACGAUUUGCUUCAAUAUUUGCUUCUCUCUUACAGAUUUUCUUCUUAUCUAAAAAUUUCCUUCAUCUUACUAAUUUUAUCCAAGUUUUGGUCUUAAACCCUAAACCCAAAUUCUUUCAUCUUUGCCUCUCUUUAUGGGUUUGAUUUUGUUGUUUGCUUCUUAUAUAUAUAUAUAUGCAUAUGUGUGUGUGUGUAUUCCCUUUAAUCUCUUUUACUCUCAUACUUCUUUGUGUUUCUCUUUUUAAAAUUUUUGGUUCUUGCUUGAUAAUAUGAUACACUAUUUUUUCAUAGAUUAUGAGUUGUUUAUAUAUAUAUUUUCGCUAGUUAUAACUAAAACCCCAUGGAUCUAACACUCAAAAUCCCGUAAAAGCAUUUAUCUUUUGAAUGGAUUGUAAUUUUAGUCCAAAUUGGAGUCCGUUUGAUCUACUUUCUCAGUUUACCUUCUUUGCCAUAGUUUUGUUUAUCUAAUUUUGGGUGUUACUAAAGUCAGGAUGAAGGGAAAGAUUUGAAUUUAGAAAAUAAGAAUGGAGUUGAAAGGCUAAUUGGAUAUAGAAGAGUUAUCUAGGUAAUUGUUUUCAUUUUCAAUAUAGUCUUAGGGGACAUGUUUGUGAAGUUGAAUGAAAACAGAAGAAAGUUGGCAGUCAAUGCUAAUUGUGAGAUAUCUUGGGAGAUAAAAUUUUCGCUGAGCGGGAAGAGAGAGCAAGUCGUAUACCAUUUGAGGCAAGAGUGGAGAUAGCUUUGGAUACAGGGGUUGCAGGAGUAUAGCAAGUGUCUUCAAUUGUGAGGAUGGUUUAACCUCGCUUGAUUUUUCCUUUACUCAAGUUGAGACAUGAGAACAUUGAAUUGAUGAAGCUAUUGAAGCAGCUUUCCAAGGCAAUAUCAGCAACUGCUUUAAAUUACAACAAAAGAUGAUAAAUUUUGCAGCUACUUCAAAGCAUGACAAUACUUUUGUGAAACUAGACGCUGAUGGUAAAACCCGCAGUUCACUCAUCAAAACAAUGUCUUUUGAAUCCCAUUGCUAAGUUUUGAUCAGCUUGUGUAACAUGUACUUAUGUUAUUAUAUACCUUUGUCAUUCUCCGUUGCUUUUCUAAAAGUUAACACUCUUAACAGUUUGGUAACAUCAAGGAUAGAGUAUUUUGAAAUCAAGAUCUUAGUAAUGUACACAACGGUCUGGCUUAGUAAUGUGAACCGAAGGCUCACCACUGAAGCAGGGAGUUCUUCUCAUAGCUGGUUUGUGAAUUGAGUUUGGUCUAGGAAUAAAGUAUAUCAAUGGUAUUGUACCAGUUUUUCAUUUCAGACGUUCUUCAUUUGUUGUUGAAGUUCUACGAACUUGGCCAUUCAAAUGUUAAA